GCACAGAUCGAACUGCCAUUUCUUGCGCGCAUGCGUGUGCGUGCACGCGCGGGCCCUACUAGCAGGCUGGCAGCUCUCGGCUGCGAGAGCAGGGCGACCCAGAGACACGCAGGCGAGGUCACACUGCGCGUGCGACACGCCCUGGAAGGAACGCGGGACUGGGACGCGACACGUGCUGGGUGAGGUCGUGUCAGAUGCGCGUCGCGGGGCCGCUGCCAGAGGAGCAAAGAGAAGGAGCAUUAGCGACAAAUGCUUCGAAGGUCCGCGCGGGCUCUUGGAUCGGCACCAGAUCCCCUCCUCGAGGUGCCGGAGGCACCGCCAGCGGGGGACCAGCGCCGACCAAAGAAAUCCACGCGGAGCUCCAAAAGGGAGUCCUCGUGCUGCUUUUUCGUGGUUCGAGCUGCAGUGUCCACAAGAGGCAGGCCAAGGCGGAAGACAAUCUGCAGGCUCGCCCAGGACAUGCCCGACUUGGGCCAAGGCAGAAGACCAGCUGCAGGCUCGCCCAGACGCGCACAAACCCUGAAAGAGAGAGAGAGAGAGAGAGAAAAAAAAAAAAAAAAAAAGCUAGAGCGCCCGGCAGCGGCGAGAGCGGCGCAGGCCCCAUCUCGCACGCUGUUCUGGGCGUGGCGGUCUCGUGGUGCAUGACACGUCAGUGCGCUGAGACUGUUUUCGCCGGUGGUGUGGGUGGGAGGAGGGAGGGAGGAGGAGGAGGAGGAGGAGGAGGAGGAGCAGCAGGAGUGCAGCUGGCGCGGGGGUGGCUCGUCGGUCUGCUACUGAGGCCCAGGUGGCAGCAGUGGGGUCCAGAAAAGCAAACGGACUGCAAGUGCAAAGAUGCAGUUGGCGGCGCGCACAAGGGGGUAGGGGGAGAGGGGAAGGCUUCUUAGAAGGAGGUUGAUGAUUGGAAAAAGUCGGCCUUACAUCUCAAAGUAAGUGCCGCGAUACAGACUGAGUAUAUUUUCUCGGAGGUCCGCGCGGAUUUCUUGGAUCGGCGCUGGACCUGGGCAGAGAUGCGGCAGCAUCCCGCUGAAAAAUAUUGACCGAGCCACGGGCCACAUCGGAGGGCAGCCGAGCGACUCGGCAAGCAAAGGCAUCGGCCACCUCGCCCCGAUGAAGCCCAGCUGGGACGCCGUCCAGAGCACGCUCUGCACGGCGGCGGAGUAGAGAAGAAGAGGAGGAGGAGGAGGAGGAGGAGGAGGAGGAGGGGGAGGAGGCGGGAGGAGGUGAUCCUAAAAGGGCGGCGAGGGCCCGGAGCCGAAAGCAGGGACAUCAGUAGCCCA